CGGACUCGGAGUCUGCAGAGCACCUCUUCCAAGUUUGUAGACAGCGGUUGUAGUCUGCAGAGGUUGGUCUUGGAAGCUUUGGCAGGGCUGCUGUCGUCGUCUGGCCCCCUCCUCGAGUCACAAACGGUCACAAGGGCUGGUCACACUUUCCUUGGAAGCCAGUGGACAGCUUUUGGGACCUUGGGAACGCAGGCGGAGCAAUGCUGGGGUUUUGCAAGAGGUUUUGAGGACUAGGACAAGGCAGUGACCCAUCAAGCAAGUGAUAAUGGCCUCCCAGCCUACUGCCGACACUUCCGACGUGGACUCUGCCUCUGCUCCCAGCCCCCCACCCAUGCCGGCUCCUGCUCUUGCUGCUCCUUCCGUCCCCGGGUCUAGCGCACCGGCUGUUGCCACCACCGCCACAGCCCCUGCCACCGUUACCGCCCCUGCCACUCCAAAGCGGAGUACUGCACCUGCUCCCCGGCCUCCUGCCCCUGGCGCAACAGCCCCCUGGGCGCAGAUUGUCCGUAGCGGGAGCAUCAAGAGCGUGGCAGCGCAGGAGGGGCUGGGUGAUGGCCUGGCCGCGCUGGUCAAGCCGGGGACUCCGGGCGGGGUCAUCACGAGUGCAGCGGGGAAGGCCGGCAUUCUGGCCAGGAGUACCAGCGGGGGACCGGAGAGAGAGGAUGCUGCUAAGGAAGGGGUGGGCAAGCGGGGGAAGGCAGGAGCAGGGGAGAAGGAGAGUGUUGCCACUGAGAAGGCGGCAGAAAAGGUAGCCGCGCCCCCUGCUGGCCCCGUGUCCGGUCCCGCUGCCCGUGGGUAUGCGGCGGCAGCUGCGAAGAAGGCACCACCACCACCACCAGCUGAGGCUGGCGGGCCAGCAGCGGAUGUCAAAACGGUGCCUAGCUGGACGGGGGAGAAGCUGGCCGCUCUCGAGGCACGGGAGGGCCAAAAGGGGGCUCGGGCCAAUGGUCCAGCCCGAGGGAGUGGUGGCAGAGGAUCCGGAUCGGCGGCAGGGCCAGGAGCGCGGCGGGCGCAGGAGAAAUCAGCAGGCAGGAUGGGACAGGGGCAGGCCGGGGGGAGGGGGAGGAGCGGCGCAGCAGAGGAGCGUGUGGGCAGCACCGCGGGGCAGGGCAGUGGGAACAAGACUGCGGUGCAAGAGGAGGCACCGGCGAAGAAAACUGCGGCACCUGCCGUUGUGAAGGAGAAGAUCGAGGAGGCAACGGAGAAAACGGCAGCAGAAGUCAGUGGGGCCUCUGAGGCAGGCGUCAAAGAAGUGAUACCACCGGUGACAGAGGGAGGGGAUACCACCCCAUUGACAGGACAGGUGCCGAGGGAAGGGGCUGCCGUAAGUAGCAAAGUGAUGGACGCGGAAGUGGCCCCCAAAGAAACGGAAGCUCACCAUACCGGGGAGGGUGGAGAUACGGAUGUUUCGAGAGAGGAGAAUGCAGUGGUUGGUGCCGAGGAGGCGGAAGAGGCCAGCGCCACUCCGGUAGCACCUGCGAAGCCUGCCUGGAAGAAGGCGCCUGUAGCGGAGGCUGCGGCGGAGCCCAGCGUGGGCCCUGUGAUGGGGGCGGUGAGCUGGCCGACCCUGGGGGACGCCAAGAGCAAGGACGCAGGGAAGGAGAAGGGGGACGCGCUGCCAGCCAGCCGGCCCAAGGGAGACCAGCAGCGGAUUGUGGUUCGCACUGGCACCGUCAGCGGCCUUCAGCGCAAGCGGGUCAUCAUUCCCCUGGUGCCAAGUGAGCGGCCGGCGCAGUUCGUCACCACACCCCCGGGAGGGGACAGGGCUGCGGCCCUGCCGUCUCCAGGAGUAGAAAGGCGGGAAGGGGAGGGGGCACGCGUGCCCCGCAUCUCGGAGGGGAGAGGAGGCCGCGGCAUCCUCCCAGGUGGGGGCCGAGGAGCAGGGGGCCGGACUGGCAUGGGCCGUGGCCCCGGUGGUAGAAUAGGGGGGGACCACAGGGGAGGCCGCAUGGGUGGUGUGGCGGGUAGUACGUGGAGCAAUCGAGGGGGCGCUGGGCUUGCGCAGCGACCCCUCACGGAAGGGGCGCGAGUGGGGGGUGGGAGAGGGGGACGUGGGACCAUUCGCGGGGAUGCAGUGGCCUUCGUGCCGGCUUCCGGGGUGGCCCCCGCAGCUUACAGCGGGGCAGGCGGGGCGCUGUCGGCAGGGCCUCCCUCAGCGGGGCUCUACUUUGUGCCGGCAGCCGGCGGGGGCGCCGGGGCGCUGCGGACGCCAGCCACCAUGAUGCCGCCCGCGGUGCAAUAUGGAGGGGCAGGCGGUGGGGCGCAGGUGGUGUCGCUGCGGCAGCUGAUCAUCCAGCAGAUUGAGUACUACUUUAGUAUUGAGAACCUGUGUCGAGAUAUUUUCCUGCGGUCAAAGAUGGAUGAGGAGGGCUACAUCCCGCUCACCGUGAUUGCUGGAUUUAACAGAGUGCGUAUGCUGACGGCGGACCCGGCCAUGAUCCUGGAGGCACUCAAGGACUCCCCUGCCGUGGAGCUAAAGGAUGACAAGCUGCGCAAGGCCGGGGACUGGCAGGCGUGGCUGCUGCCCCCCGACUACAGCGCCCCCUCGUCACCAGUGCCGCAGGCGGCCAAGGAAGGGGAGGACGCCGAAGGGGCAGAGGGCGCUGCCAAGAGCGACGAGAGCAAGGUGCUGACGCCCACCAGCGUGCUCAGCCAGGACGAAGGGGAGGGCGACGAGAAGAAGGAACAGGCCGACACGGCGCACAGCUCGGGUCAAGAAGGGGCAGACGACGCGCCAAAGGAAGGGGGAGACGUGUCGCCUGCGGCGGCAGCGGCAGCAGAUUCGGACAGCAGCCUGAACGCGGCUCCUGUCGCGGGCAAGUCCGAGACAGAGGACAAGCCAGACGAGGGGAAAGCCGACGAGGCCAAGGGCCCAACGCCGGCGGAGGAGCAGCAACCCAACGGGCCUGUUGAGGGAGACGCUGUGGUGGGGGGCGCCAAGGAGGAGGACACGGUGUCGGAGCUGCGCAGCGGCGGGGGCAGCAGCACGGGGUACAGCAGCGGGGGCAGCAGCGGAGAGGACAGCAACGAGUGGAUGAAGGCAGGGGCGCGCAGGCGCGGGCCGACCGUACGCAGCGGGAACCGGCCGCCAGCAGGGCGCAGGGGCGGGCUAAGUGCCGCGUUUGCGAGCGGGGCAGGCAGCGAGGAGGAGGACACGUUCCAACUGGACGAGGAGCUGGAGGGGGGGGCGGGCAAGCCAGCAGGGCAGGCACCAGGCGGGGCGCCCACCAAGAAGAAGGAGGACACGGACGACGAGUCGGAGUCGGAGCUGGUGGUGGACAAGGACGUGGACCGCCUCAUGAUCGUCACUCAGACGAAGAAAGCGGUCAAGAUUGACCGGCGUGGUCCCGACGGGCGCGACCACGCGCGCAAGUCGAUCAACGACGAGCUGGUGGCGGUGAUCAACGACGGGCUCUACUUCUACGAGCAGGAGCUGCGCCACCACCAGCACCGCCCCGCGCGGGACGCCCGCCACGCACCCCACCCCAAGGUCACCGUUGGCUCUGCUGGUAGCAGCAACGGCGGAAGCCUGCCCCGCGACACGCACCUGGAGCGGCCCCACUUCGCCCCCGGCGGGCGUGGAGGACGGGGCAGCCAGCUGCGGCUGUUCCCGGCCAAUCCCAAGGAGCGCUCGCGCAGCAGGAGUCGCGAAGCGGGCCGCUCCCGCUCCGUCUUCGCAGAGAGCCCGCCGAACGACUCAGUGGGCUUCUUCUUUGGCGCUACGCCGCCUGAAAACAGUGGCUUCUACCUUCCCAGCCGCACGUCCCCCGCGCCGUCGCCCCCGACCACCACCACCUUCCUGCCCGGCUCCAGCCCCCCCGUGGGGUCCAUGCCCAAGAGCUUCCCCAACUUCCCGCACCCCAGCCACGCGCUCCUCGAGGACAACGGCUUCAAGCAGCAAAAGUAUGGCCGUUUCCGGCAGCGGUGUUUAGCGGAGCGGGAGCGCCUGGGAACAGGGCGCAGCGAGGAGAUGAACACGCUGUUCCGCUUCUGGAGCUACUUCCUGCGGAGCAACUUCUACGAGAGCAUGUACAAGGAGUUCAAGAAGCUGGCGCAGCAGGAUGCCGCCGCCAACUACUACUACGGCAUGGAGUGCCUCUUCCGCUUCUUCAGUUAUGGGCUGGAGGAGACGUUCCGGCCGGCGGUCUACGACGACUUUGAGGCACUCACCCUGGAGCACUACAAGGCGGGCAACUUGUACGGCCUCGAAAAGUACUGGGCGUUCCACUUUUACCGCAAGGACAAGAGCGCAGCGGUGCCGCAGCGGGCGGAGCUCAAGGAGCUGCUGGAGACGCAGUUCCGCAGCCUGGACGACUUCCGGCGCGUGAACAAGGAGAUGAAGGCCGCCAAGGAGGCCAAGGAAGCCUCCAGCCUGCCCAACGGGGACCACCUGCCAAAGGCCGCCGCCCCCGCAGCGGACGGGAUACCGGCAUCCGCCCCCGCCGCCGUCCCUACUGCGAAAGGUCUACCGACCACUGCAGGAAUGAAGAGUCAAGCGGACCUGAUUGAGAUCACUAGUUCGGACGCCGCCGCCAAUACACCCCUGAAAUCCCCCAGUGCACCAAUAGCCGUGGGGUGACUGCUGGAUCCUACUCAUGCAAGUUGGCCGCUAACCGUUGUUGGCAUGGGCAGUGCCAUCACAUAUGGAGAGACUAUAGUGUAGAUUCACUAGUACCGAGUAGAGUCUUGAGUUGGUUUGGAAACGGGAAAAAGACCUUGGGCAACAAGCGAAGUGUUUUGAGGACAUUUCAAGUUCUCUUAGAUAGGUAGGUAUUUCAGGUGGUAGUAUUUGCCAAGCCUAAUUCUUGAUGGACAAG